AUGGACAUCGGCAUCUUGAGCCCAACAGAUGCGUCUCGGGGUCAUGGCAAGAGCCUGUGGCCCCCCCGGGGCAGGGGCCCAGCUGUGCGUCGGCAGCGGGAGUUCAUGCCGGAAGACAAGAAGGACACGGUUUACUGGGAAAAGCGGAGGAAGAACAACGAGGCGGCCAAGAGAUCCCGGGAGAAGAGGCGGCUCAACGAUGCGGCCAUUGAGGGCAGGCUGGCCGCACUGCUGCAGGAGAACGCUCUGCUCAGAGCUGAGCUGCGGGCGCUCCAGCUCCGAUGCGGCCUCUUGUCCACCAUGGGCAGCCCCUGCACCUUACCCUUGCAUGCCCUGCUAUGGGAAUCUCCCUGGACUGGGGACCCCUACCAUGGGGCUGAACCCCUCUCGCUCCUGCCUGGCUCCCACGGCUGCCUCUUGAGGCCGUGUUCCCUGGGCGCUGGGGUGCCAGGAUGCCAGGGCUGCCUGGUGGCUCACAGGUGGACUGGCAUGGCUGCUUCUCCCAGAUCGCUCCAGGAGCCUGCAGCCCCUACUCCCAGGAGAGUCGACAUGCCCUUACAGGCUGCCCUCUUCAGCUGCCAACUCUUGGAUGGGCACAUGGGGUCCAGGCCGGAGCUCAGGCCGUGCUGGGGGUUGUGGUCACCUAUGCACCCCAGAUGCCGGGCCCCAGGGCUCUCAGAUGUGUUGCUGACACCCGCUGCUGAUCCCAUGGGGCUGCCUCCUGGGGUGACCUGCCCUGUCUCAGGGGACAGUCCCAAGGGGCUGACUCCACCUUCCUUGCCCCACAAACUGCGCAUCAAACCCCAAGCCUCUUGCAAGGCACCUCAGGGAUGGGCAGGGGGUCAGGAAUCCCCCUGAUUCCUGAGGGAUGGUUGGGACCGUGCGGGUUUGGGUGGGGGAUGGGUGGCGUGGCCUUGACCAAGCUGGGACUGGGAAAGGCCUGUAGGCAGCAGGGUGCACCCUGGCUGGGAGAGUCCACUUCCCAGUGAGCAGGCCAGGCCUCUAGGUGGAGGGAGUGGGGUCCCAUCGUGGGCUCUAUCAUGGCUCUGCCUUGCUCUUAGAUUUAUGCUUUGGACUGUCACUCCCUCCUUCCUUCCUUCCCUCCUUCCUCCUGUCCAUCCAUCUACCCCUUUGCCCAUCCAUCCACCUGCUCAUUGUCUCAUCCAUCCAUCAUCCAUCCACUUAUCUACCCACCCACCUGUUCAUCUUCUCAUCAGCCACCUGUCCACCAUUCAUCCAUCCAGCCAUCCAUUUUACUAUCCUCUCUUCAUGCACUAAUCCCAUGCACCCAUCAUCAAUCCACCCAUCCACCCAUGAAUCCUACUAUCCACCCAUCCUUUCACCCUUUCAUUCAUUUAAUCAUUUGCUCAUGCACUCACUUGUUAGCCAUCUAUUCUCUCAUUCAUUUGCUUACAAAGCACCUGCCCCCUCACACACCCAAUUGUGAUCUUUGGGUCUUCCCUCCCUGCCCAGAUUAGUGACAGGUAUGGGGACACCUUCCUGGCCUUAAGAUUCCUGCAUUCUUUAUGCAUUUAUUCACUUAAUUCAUUCAUUCCUAUGAAUGUGUGUUCGUCAUUCAUCCAUUCAACAGUCUGCGUGGGCUAGGAGCCUUGCUCUAACCAGACCCUGCACACUACAGCUGGGUCUGGCUAUGCCUGCACAUGUCCCUUGGUUCUGGUCCAGAGCUGGCACUGGACAAGGC